AUGUCCAGCAACGCACCCUCUACCCCCGUCAAGGUGCCCUCCAGCGCCGCAAACCACACACAGGCGACUCUGGAUCCAGAUUUACGGUCACAAAUCAACACAGUCCUUCUGCGCGACGGUCACGUCUCAAAGUACGCCCUCCUCUCCCUCGCCAGUUUCUAUCAUGACAACCCACUGACAAACUAUCCAAGAAUACAAGAUGCUCUUCUCCACGCGCUGAACUCCCAUUCUACGAACUGGCCCACGGCUAUCCAAUCGCAUGCACUCGGUCUGCUGCGCUCCGGCGAAGUGACAACCUUUCCCGCCCUACUGAGUCGCGUGCUUGAAGAUGUCCGCCACGAUUCUGCACUCAACCCCAUAUCAUCGAGCUCGAACGGAACGAGCGCUAAGCCUGCAACAAACGGCGAUGCCAUGAAGACUAAUGGUGCGACCGACGCUAAGCCUAGUCUUGCUGUGCCGGAGUCGGUAAUCGACGAGGCUCUUCGCGUCACCAGGGAGAGCCUAGAAGCUGUUUGCGACAUCGAGGACGAAGGAACCGCUUAA